CCGUCAACACACAGCCGAAACACAACUUAUCUUUGCUGGUGACCAAAAAUGGCGGAUGAGUUGAUUCUGUUGGAUUUAUGGGCAAGCCCUUUUGGGAUGAGGUGCAGAAUUGCUUUAGCGGAGAAAGGAGUCAAGUAUGAGUCCAGAGAAGAAGAGGACUUGGUCCACAACAAGAGCUCUCUUCUUUUGCAGAUGAACCCGGUUCACAAAAAGGUCCCAGUUCUCAUUCACAACGGCAAACCCAUUUGUGAAUCAACCAUCAUUGUACAGUAUAUUGAUGAGGUGUGGAAGAAUAAGGCCCCUCUGCUUCCAGCUGAUCCUUACCAGAGAGCUCAAGCCAGGUUCUGGGUUGAUUAUGUUGACAAAAAGAUAUACGAAGCUGGAAGGAAGAUCUGGUCGUCAAAAGGAGAAGCGCAGGAGGUGGCUAAGAAGGAAUUCAUUGAUAUUCUCAAGGUGCUAGAAGGAGAGCUCGGAGACAAGCCUUACUUCGGAGGUGAAAACAUCGGAUAUGUAGACAUUACACUUGUUCCUUUCUAUUGCUGGUUUUAUACGUAUGAGACCUGUGGCAACUUCAGCGUUGAGGCAGAGUGCCCCAAGCUAACUGCAUACUUCAAGAGGUGCCUUGAAAGGGAGAGUGUUUCGAAGGCACUUGCCGAUAAGCAGAAGGUGUACGAGUUCGUCUUGCAGCUGAAGAAGAUGUUCGGAAUCGACUAGGAAAGGCCUGGUAUGGAUUUGCUUUAGUCACAGUCGAUGCUGGUUUGAGAAAGUUAUGAAAAUAAAAGGGCUUUUAGUUUUAGCCUUCAUCUUAGGCCUUGUGUUAAACUUAUGCAUGGUUUGUUGUAACCAACUUUCAACUUUUCUUUGUAAAAAGUCUUUCCCUUUUGUUUGUUCUGAGUAAAUUGCAUUAUCAACUGAGUUUUCUCG